CUUUGACGUUUGAACUUUGAUCUCAAUAUUGUUAUAGUUUUCUAGUGACAAAGUAGGUAGGAGUAAACUUAUUCAUCAAUGCAGACAUUGGAGACUCCAGCUCUCAAAAUAUAAGGAAACAAUAUUUAAAGGCAAUAGUUGUAUUACUUGUCAGUCUAUGAACAACUCAUGGGAUGAAAUAUAUCCAAGACUUAGAUUACUUAGACUUAGAACUUAGAAGUUGUUUAUUCAGAGUUGGAUUAAAAUUAAAUGUUACAAUUACAAUUUACAUGUAAUGUAGUCAUGUAGUCAUCAUGUAGUUAAGUUUGGCAAUUAAGUCGAAUGUAUCCCUAAAUCGAUCCCUAUGCUGCAUGCCUAACCUGAGCCCUAAAUCGAUCCUUAUUCACUAUGCCCCUAUGCCUAACCUGAACCCUAAAUCGAUCCCUAAACUUAACCUAAACCCUAAUUCACGGCAACUAUAAUUUUAAAGACACAAAAGACGCCGUGGCAGCCGUCCUCGGUUUUAGCCAAAUUAUCAUAACAUUCAGAUGAUCAGUCAACUCCUGCAAAGUUCAUUAAUAUUACGGAUCCCUUAAUUAAUAUUAAUGAGCAGUGUUUCUCGGUCACGAAAGCAUAAACACCUGGUCACAUAUAAUAACAGUUCUCAAAAACUGGCUAGGUGUUUAUUUUAGGGUUUUGUUUAUUUUUUCCCCACAAAUCCUAAAAAUAAGAGGGUAGUCUAUCGUUUUUUGUUUUGUUUUUUUUUUUGUUGUUGUUGUUGUUUUCUUUGAAAUCUUUUGUUUUCCUUUAAAUAUUAAAUAACAAUAACAAACAAUUUGGGGAACACUGAAGGAAAUAAUUGAAACACAGUAUGGGAAUGGGACAACUUGAAAAAAGGAAUAUAUAAAUGUUGUCAAUGUGACAAUAGACUACAGUAUAUUUUCUAUCAUAUUGGGAUGUAAUAUAGUUGAAUUUAAUUUCCAUCUUCUUUUUUAUUCUCUUCUAGAAUUCAAUAUGUUGAAAGCAGUCAUCUUAUUUGGUGUGUUUGUGCUGUUGAGUGUUUUGGUCAGUAGAACAGUUUAUUUCUCUCAAAAAAGUUCUCCAGUUAUGGAAUGCAAGACCACUGAUGCUGACUUUAUUGUGCUAUCUAAUCUGAGACUCAAUAGGUUUCAAACAGCUUUGCAGUUUCAGACUAUAAGUAAAAGUGCUGAAGAUUACAACAGAGAAGCGCUGCAAAAUUUUGGAGAUUUCAUUGUUAAAAGUGAGUUGGAAAAUAUGACAUUAGUCAAUGUUAGACACAGCAAAGGGCAAUAAAAAAUGGGGAGUCAAUGGAUGCCUCAGGCAUCAAAAUCAAUGCCGCCUAAAAAAAUUAUUUUUCAAUCAAAAUGUGUAUGAAUACUUAUUUGGGAAUGGGGCACCAAAAAGCAGUGCUUUGCCCCAGGUGCAACUUUUGCAUGCCACAUCAAUGGUUACAGCUUUCAUUAUGAAACAGAUUUAAUGAUUAUAUAGAUUAUGUGAGCUUUCAUGGUAAGCUUAACAGUUUAUUUCAACAAUGCACCCUGCAGUUUAAGUUUCCAUUUUCUUCUUAUAAUAUCAAUGAUGCUGAGGACGAUCUAUCAGCCAAUAUAACUGAUAUUAAGUUAAAUAAAAUGUUGUCAUUCAUAUUUUUAAAUAUACUUUAAUUUUUUACAAUUUCAGGCAAUCAGCAGAUAUGUUGUUUUUCAUCUUAUUAAAUUUCUUUAGUUUUAAUAGACAACUUUUUUUUAUCAUUAUUAUUUUAAUUUUUUUCUUUCUUUCUUUUUUUUUAAAAUCAGACUUUCCACAUCUGCACAAUUCCUCAUUGGUAGAAUUGGAAUAUGUAGGCAAUUACAGCUUACUAUAUGGUGUCAAGGGCAGUAAUCCACAACUGAAGCCUUAUCUCCUCAUGAGCCAUCUUGAUGUUGUGCCAGCCACCAACCUUGAAGAAUGGGAUGCCCCUCCAUUUUCUGGAGAUAUUUUAAAUGACCACAUAUAUGGUCGUGGCUCAAUAGAUGUGAAGCAGUGUGUCAUGGUAAAUAACUUAUUUGCAAUGACAUGGAUAUGGCCAUCACUUAAACUUUUCUAUAUUCACUCUCAUGGGCUUGAAUUUAUGAACAUCACCAAUCUUUCAAACAUUCAACAACAUUAAAAUUCAUGGGAGAUUUCAUGAUCUGUUUAAUCUUAGGUUUAAAAGCUCUUACUUACACAUAUCAAGUUAACUAUUACGCAUCCAUUCUUGACCUGGAUAAAAAGAUGUAAUUUAGAGCCUUUAGCCUUGUUAGUCAAUUUUUACAAUUUUCUUUCAAAUUCUGUUCCACAAAUUUUUUUUUAAUCUGUCAAUUUAUUAAUUUUUUUAGUGGAAAAAUUUGAUGUAAAUACUUUAAAUUUAGGGGAUUCUUGAAGCUGUAGAAUUUCUCCUCUCUACUGGGAUUCAACCGAAACGAUCUUUCUACAUAGCAUUUGGUCAUGAUGAGGAGGUAUGGUUUUUCUCAUACUUUAUUUUCUCUGCAAAUUUAUUAAUAUCAAAACAGUUUUUUUUUAAUUGAACCUGAUUUAUACUGACAGCUGUAAGACUAAAGCUAUUUUUGUGUAGACAGCCUACUUCAAACCCAAUUUGGCUGCUGUAGACCUGGUUACUGUUAUGAUUUUGGCAUACAAUGUACGAUUUUGAGAUGUCUUUUAAAAUUGUAUGCAGAGACCCUUCAAAACUACAAGUUUAAGAGUUUAAAAAAAUAUAAAAAAAUGUUAAGGACUUGUAUGUAUUUUUUUAUUGCAUGUUGUUUGGAGAGUAUUUGGGUAGAUGUUGCUAUUAAAUGCUUGUAUUUUGUGAACUAUUUUGUGUGAGGGGAAAUGGCUGUUAUUGUUAUAUGUUGUGAGUGAGUAAUGGCAGCAGUUGACAAUGUAGUUUAGUUGUGCGGUUAAUAGAGAUACUUUAUUCUAUGAAUCGAUGGUUUGUUUAAUGAUUGUAACCCUAGACAAUAAUGCUAUAGAACCUAGUAAGAUUGGUUUUGUAAAAACACGUUAUAUGAUAUACAUUAUAUUCAUGGAUUGCACUUUAUAUUAUUGUAGCUUCCUGUUUAAAUCAAUUUCUAAGAAAUUAGUGUUAUUUUUUUGUUAAUUGCAGGUUCAAGGAAAUAGUGGGGCAAAAAUGAUAUCAAAGAGACUAAAAGAGAAAGGAGUUCAUACAUUAGAGUUUAUUUCUGAUGAAGGUCUGCCUUUAACAGAAGGUAUUAUCCCAGGAAUAGGGAAGGCUGUGGCAAGGCAAGUUUCAAUGUUAAUUUUGAAAUAAUUAGGGUCUCAUUUUUAUACUUUUGUGUUUAUGAUAUUGCAAUUAGUGCCUUCAAUUAUUUAAACAGAUAAAUACAAAUUUACAAAAGAGAAAUAUUCAAAUCUAGUUGUGACGAUCAUAUGUCCCACUGCAAACAACUGAUUUCAAGAUUCAGUUACAGAUGUUUGCUACUAAGCAUGCCUACAUUCUUGAAUGCUACUAAACAUGCCUACAUUCUUUCAUAUUUUCAAGUUUAUAUUUUAAAUCUUUACCAUUAUGACUCUGCAAAGUUUGUGUUCUUGUGAUUUUAUUUAGUAUUAUAAAUUAUAUUGCCAAACGGUGAAAUUUAUCCUUAUGUUGUGAUGUAGUGUUGGUGUGAGUGAGAAAGGUCAAGUCUUACUCAGGUUGUCUGUACAAGAUGCUCCUGGACACUCGUCAAUGCCGCCAAAGGAGUCCACAAUUGGCAUACUUGCUAAAGCUAUACACAAGUGAGUGGCUUGGUAACAAACAUCAAAUGUGUAAUUACAAACAAUGUCAUGACCAACUAGAAAAGGUAUUUUAAACACAGGGCACCAUUUUUUUUAGCCAUUUGAAUGAUUUCAGUCAUUUUUCAAUAUUUAGAUUAAUUACACACAAUUUAUGUAAAUAAAACUUAUGUAUUCAGCUUUAAUGAUGAUUAUACAAAAUACAAAUUUAGACUUUUCGGCAAAUGCCUUCAUCAAUAAAAAAGAAAUUUUUUAAAAUAAAAUAACAAUAAGAUAGAAAAAUUAUUUCUUUUUGCAAAACAAAUACAUUACAAUAAUGCAGAACAUUUCAAGGGACAAAUAAAAUAUAUGUCUAAGCAUAAUGUUCAUAAAUCUACAAAAAAAAUUCCAUUAACAAAGUUUUAAACAAAAGAAUAUACUUAAUUAUAUCAAUUUAUUAUUUUUUAAAAUUAUCAUUUUGCAUCAGUUAUUAUUUACAUUUAAAAAAUGUUUUAGUUAUUUUGACCCCCUCAGGUAACUAAAUAUACCCUCUUCAAAAGUUUGAGUUGAAUUGAUUUUGAGAGAGUCAUAAAAGAUCAAAUGAAUUUAAAUAAGUUGAAGUAACAGCAAAUACUUUUCAGCUCAAGUGUAAUGAAAAAUUCCACUUGCUCUCUAGCACUUUAAUAUCCUGAUUAAUAAUUUGAAUUGAUCCAUAAGCUGAAAUGCAAUGCACAGAAAUUGAUGACAGCCUCAUUGACAUUUUAACAGCAAGGUUAUUUAACAUAAAGUAGUUUCGCUUUAUGUUUAUGUAAAAAGAUAAUUAAGAUUGAACAUGUGAUAUGAGAUACCUGCUAUUCCAAUAUAAAGAUUGACACUCGUAAUUAUAUUGCUACUAGUUGUAAUCUUAACUUGGUAUAGAUUUAAAUUUAAUCAAUGUAGCUGCUUUCCACAAAAGACUUGAGAUUUAUAACAAAAGUAGAAGAAAAUAAACAUUAAAUAGUUUGAAAUUAUUAGUAAUUUUCAUUCAGAAGCUCUAUUUUGAAAUUUUUAAUGAAUGUACAAAAUGUUUAAAAUGUUAGCCUUGAUAAUACCAAAGACGGAUAAGAGCAAAUUUAUUCCUAUGAUAUCAAAUGUUUCAAUGCUCCUUUGGAUAUGUUGACUAUCUAAGCCAAUGACUUGGUUACUGGAACUUGUAAACUUUCAUAAUUUCAUUGAGUAAUAGUAAAAUACUCUCACUCUGGUCUAGGUCCAUUAGCAUAUUCCAAACUUCUCCACCAUUAAUACAAUCAGUGACUAUUUUCACUUUGAUUUAAUUUAAAUGGAGAAACUUUUAAUAAUAUAAUUAAAUAAAUUAUCAAAAAUGAAGCAAACAAAUAUUUUUAAUUUAUAAAGUAUAGAAAUAUAGCCUUAGUGUAAAGAAAAAAAAAAGUUUUAAAAUAAUAUAAAAAAUGGAAAGAUCCAUUUAACAGAAUCCAACACACUACCUCUCUGUAAAAAGCUAGCUAAGAAGAAGCUAAUUCCCUCGCCUAUAUCACUGAUUUUAAUUCUUGUGGUCAUUCUCACUUUUAACAACAUACAAUUUUUUUUUUCUGCACAUUACACUUGACUUGAAAAUUUAUUAAAAAUGUGCACUUCAUGUUUGGAUGCAACCAACAGUGUACUUGAAUAGUUGAUGUUGUAGGAAUGAUUAAUUAAAUGUUGUUGAAAGAAUUAAUACUUAUUAUGGAGAGACUAAAAUAUUUCAGCCGAAGUUUGUUUUGUUAAUCCACACACAGCAUCAUUAUUAGUUCUCUUGCUGCUGAGGGAGUGAAGAAUCCACACACAGCAUCGAUAUUAGCUCUCUUGCAGCUGAGGGAGUUGAGCACAUAUUCCUGGUCAAGGGAAACCAAAUGUCUGGACGGCAAUAGAAUCAGAGUAAAAUGAUAUAUACGCCAUCAAAAAUAUGCAUGCAUUCUUUUCAUUUUAAAAAAACUUGAUAAAAUCCCCUAAGCUAUGAAAAAAAGCAAAUUAUCCUAAAUUAAACCAUUUUAAAAUGAAAAAUAGCAUUCUGAAUAUUUCAGACUUGAAUCAAACCCUCAUCCAAGCAUGCUUGGCUAUGGAGCUGAGACUGCAAUGUUAGAGCAACUGGCCCCAGAGGUAAGGUAGACGACUCUCUUGUAAGUUCUUAAAGAUUUAAAUUUUAAAGCAACAGUAUUAACUUAUUGAGCUUUCAUCUGUGUCUGAAGGAAGUAUCAAUGGGGAAUUACUUGUAAAUGCGUUGUUCAGUGUUGUUGUGGGACAUUUGGCAUUGAAGUUUGACAUUUGGUGUUGUAGUGUGAUAGUUAGUGUUGCAGUGUGACAUCUUUUGUUAGAGUCUACAAAUUUCCUAAUCCAGCAUUUAGUUUUAAUAUAAGCUUAAUACAAUUUUCAGAUUCUUAUUUUAAAAAUUGCAUACCAUACUUUCUAAUAUAUAGUUAGCUAAAAACACAAGUUGGGGAUUUCCGCUAGCCCUAUAGAUAAAGAAUUGGAAAUUUUGUGAAUAUAACCAUUAUAUUCUGUGUAACUAUCAAAUUCUAUAUAAUUAUCACAUUCUGAAUAAGGGUGCCUUCCAUAAAUAACAUCAUCAUCAUCCUUUUUGGUUUAUUAUUAAACCCCCCUUUCCUCCACAGUCACAUAUUUGUCACCCACCCCUCCUUGAUGCAUGUCAUAAUCUAUCUCAUUCUUUAUAAUGAUCACAUUCUGUAUCAUUUGCAGAUGAAUGUUAUCCAAAGAUUUGUAAUAGCCAAUAUUUGGCUCUUUAAACCUUUGCUAUCAUGGUAAGUUGGUGAAAUUUUAGUGUAAAAAUUAUUCUUAAUCAGCCAAACGUUUUACUGUGUGACUGACUGUACAGUGUUUGAUCUUGUUAUUUAAAUUCAUAGCUACAAUAGACUUAGAAAUCAAAAGCUUGAAUUAUUGUAAGCCCUGUGUAAAACUAUGUUGGUUACAUAUGAACUAAAUAAAUAAAUUGCUAUUUUUUUUAGAAAGGAAUUUUUCAAAAAUAGUUUCCAAAUUAAAAAUUUGGAAUUUAAAAAAUAAUUCAUACAUCUUGUGUUAAAAUCUAAAUGUGUUCACAGACACACACACACCCACACCAUCCCCAAAUCCAAAAACACACCAAAAAAUCCUAAUUUUUAGGUCACAUACUAUGAUGAAAAGAUUUUUUUUAAAGUAGCAACAUAGUAGAUAUUUUUCAUUCACAUAUGGUGGUACUGUAAUUUUUAUUCAAACUAAACAACAGCAAUACAUAAUCUGAAGUCAAAUAAUAAGUAACAUAUGGUAGUGAUUAAAUUUAUAAGAAAACAUAGAACUAAAAUUAUUGUAUUCACCUUCUCUUAUUAAAUUAUUAUAUGCUUGAGCACCAUCUAAGGUUAUAGGAAGUCUAUUUACCAUCUAAGGUUAUAAGAAGUCUUUGCAAAUAGGUAAGAAUAAAUUACAAAUGGACAAAACUUGUUAAAAUUAAACUUGUUAAAAGCUUAAAUAACAAGACAGUGACAGCAUCAAGUUUCUGUAUUUUUUGUUCUAUAGUUUCUUCUAUUGUUUGUUUUUCAGGAUCAUGUCCCAGAAACCUUUGACCAAUGCAAUGAUAAGAACAGUAACUGCAGUCACAAUAUUCAAUGCUGGAGUCAAGGUAACUUGGAGCGGAGGGUUGAAUAUUUUAUUUUAACACUUAUAAUAUAUAAUGUAAUGUAGAUUUUAUAAACUCUUGAGAUGGGAGUUUUUAAGAAUAAAAUUUUUUGGAAUAGAGAUAUUGAUGAAAAUUGUCUGAGCUUUUAAUAGGUAACUUGACCCUAAAUGAAAAUGAGAUAUUGAAAAGAGAAAAAAUUACACUGCUUGUUUCUACUUUUUAUUUUACUUGAAUGUCAGUUAUGUUUCAACAUUUGCUCCAUAAGAUCAAGUGUGUACUGCUACUAAAUGAAGUACAUUCCUUGCACAAUUUCACUACUUAAUUAUUGAUUUUGUAAUAGAUUAGCAGUAUAAAUUUUUAAACUGAUUUUCUUCUUGGCUGUUAACAACUACAUAUUUCUUUAAUUGGUAAGUCUUUUGGAUCUUAUUGCACUAGACUUUACAACUUUAAUUUGGUUGUUAUUUAUUUACAGAACAAUAUUAUUCCCCCACUUGCGGAGGCAGUUGUCAACCACAGAGUCCACCCAUCACAAACAAUAGAAGAAGUAUGCUUUAACUAUAUUUUUAGAUAUUAGAUAAGCCAUGGUAUUUUCAAUCUAACAAUUAAGUAAAUUUCCUAUUUCGCCUAGAUAUAUUUAUAAAAAUCUCUGUCAUCAGUUCAAAUGAUCAAUAAAAAAUUUAAGAAUCUCAUUUAACAUGCUCGGAUAACUAAUCUUUAUUUAAUGAAUAUGCAAAAAUUUUGUUGGCUGACUUCUAUGUCUUAUACAGGUGGUAGAGUAUGAUCGUGCCAUCAUCGCUGACAGUCGAGUGAAGAUAAAAAUUGAAAGCUUCACAGACCCUCAUCCUAUUGCGGGCUUUACAGAUAAUGACUUUGGAUUUCAGGUAAGUCAUCUCAAAGUAACAUACAAAACUUUACCUCAUUAACUGCCAUGAGGUGUUCCAAUAUGUGAUAAUCAAAAUAUUGAGUGUAUUUAAAACUAUGCCCUGUUCCAAUGUGCACCAACUAAAAUAUUGAGUAUAUUUUAAAAAACUGUGCACUAUUCCAAUAUAUUGUAUCUAAAAUAUUGAGUAUUUUUAAAACUGUGCCCUGUUCCAAGAUAUUCUAACUAAAAUAUUAAGUAGCCUGUAUUUAAAACUGUGCCCUGUUUCAAUAUAGGCCUAUUCUAAUUGAUAAGAUUUGGUACAUCGACUCCAUAUGGGAUAAACCACAAUUUUACUUAAUUGCAAUGUCUUUUUCCUGUUUGGUUUUUUACAUUUUACUCUAAGUCACUCCCUUUACAUUCUUCUUUACUUUAUUUCUGUCUGUUUUUUUCGCCCACUCCUAUUUUUUCUCCCCUUUUUUAGGUAGGAUAUAGGUAUAUAUAUAUUAUGUAAAUUUAAUGUAUACUUAUAUAUUGUCUUUUAGUUUUAGUUGUACUGAUGAAGGCAUGUGCCGAAAGAUAUACUUUUGUAUUCUGUAAAAUUAUUAUUAAAGCUUAACUUAUAUUGUUAUCAUCAUCGCCUGUCGUCCCGUCUGGGGCAUAGGCCACAAACAAAGGCUCUCCAGGCAUCCCGGUCUUGGGCAAGUCUCUCCAACUGUCCCCAGUUGUGCCCACUCUUUUUGAUGUCUGCCUCCAGUUCCCUUCUCCAAGUUGUUUUGGGUCGACCUCUUUUUCUCUUACCCUGGGGGUUCCAAGUCAGGGCUUGUCUCGUGAUACUUGAUGCGGGCUUUCUGAGAGUGUGGCCAAUCCAUCUCCAUCUGCGCUGGCAGAUUAACUCUUCCACUGGUUCUUGUUGUGUGCGCCGCCAGAGAUCCUCGUUGGUGAUGACGGUGGGCCAGCGGAUUCGUAAAAUCGUUCGGAGACAUGAGUUGAUAAAGGUCUGUAGCUUUUUUGAACCAGCUGCUGUUGUUCGCCAUGUUUCUGCCCCAUAUAGCAAGACAGGUUUCACUGUGGUGUUGAAUACCUUGACCUUGGUCUGGAGGGUCAAAUUGCUGCAGCUCCAGACCUUUUUUAGCUGGUUAAAUGCCGCUCUUGCCUUACCAACUCUCACUCUUAUGUCGGCGUCUGUCCCUCCUUGUAUGUCAAUGAUGCUGCCGAGGUAUGUAAAGCUAUCCACCUCCUCAAGGUUUGUUCCUUCCAGUGCUAUAGGUGUGUUGCUUGAUGUAUUUAUUUUAAGGACUUUGCUUUUUCCUCUGUGGAUGUUCAGGCCGAUGCAAGCAGAGUACUGUGCUACAUAAUUGGUUUUCUCUUGCAUCUGUUGCUGUGUGUGUGAUACUAGGGCCAGAUCAUCCGCAAAAUCCAGGUCAUCAAGUUGUUUCCAUAGUGUCCACUGAAUACCAUUUCUCUUCUGCUCUGUAGACAUUUUCAUUAUCCAAUCAAUGGUCAGCAGGAAUAGGAAAGGCGAGAGCAGACACCCCUGUCUGACACCGGUCUGUACCUCAAAAGCCGCCGUUGUUUGUUGGCCGUGGACAAUUCUGCAGGAUAGUCCUUCGUAAGAAGCCUUAAUUAUGUCUGUCAAUUUUUGUGGUACCCCGUAGUGUCUAAGCAGCUUCCACAGAGUCUGUCUGUCGACACUGUCAAAAGCCUUCUCAUAGUCAAUGAAGUUGACGUAUAGUGACGAGUUCCACUCCAGAGAUUGUUCCACAAUAAUUCUCAGUGUGGCAAUCUGGUCUGUGCAGGAUCUGUCUUUUCUGAACCCUGCUUGUUGGUCCCUAAGAUUGAUGUCUAUUGCCUCCCUCAUUCUGUUUAGCAGCAUUCUGUUGAAUACUUUGCUUGGGAUCGACAGCAGGGUUAUUCCCCUAUAGUUAGAACAAGAACUAAGGUCUCCUUUCUUCGGGAGCUUAACGAGGUGUCCUUCUUUCCAUUCAGCCGGUAUCUGUUCCUCCUCCCAUAUUUUCUUGAAUAGUGUGUGUAGCAUUUCAGUGCUAGACGUAAUAUCUGCUGUCAAGGCUUCUGUCGGUAUUCUGUCAGGACCUGCCGCCUUGCCUUUCUUUAGUUGUUUAAUUGCUCUGCAUAUUUCUUGCUUUGUGGGUGUGCUGCACUCUAUUUCUAGAUCUUUUUCCGCUGGCUCUAUGUUGAGUGUGUGUUGUGGUGCUGGCCGGUUGAGGAGUUCUUCAAAAUGUUCUAUCCAUCUUUUUUUCUGACCCUCUUCAUCAGGUAUUGAUUUCCCAUCUUUAGUUUUAACUGGUCUCACUGGAUUGUUGAACUUUCCAGAUAACUUUUUGAUUGUACUGAAUAAUUCUCUUGUGUUUCCAUGGUACGCAGCCUCCUCUGCUUCACUUGCUAAUCCUUCUAUGUAGUUCUUUUUAUCUGUCCUUAUACUACGUUUAACUUCUUUAUUUGCUUCUGAGUAUUCUGUUGAUGCUCUGGCCUUUUCGGUUCUGGUGCGGCUAUUGUUUAGAUUUGCCUUCUUCUUUCUCCUAUAUUGGAUUUUUUCCAUGGUUUCAGCCGAAAUCCAUUCUUUAUGCGUUUGUUGCCUAGGGCCCAACACUUCUUCACAGGUAGUCGUGAAUAUCUCUUUGAUUUCUUUCCAGUUUUUGUCAAUUGUUUCUUCAUUGCCUAGUUCCUGUAAGAUCUGGAACUUAUUGGAGAUGGUAAGUUUAAACUCCUUUAGCUUGGACUCAUCUUUCAAGAGGUUGAUGUUAAAAUGUUGGCGCUUGCUUCCCUCGCUUGUCCAGUUCUUUUUCAGUUUCAGCCUUAAUUUGGCAAUAAUUAGAUGAUGGUCUGAGGCUACAUCUGCCCCUCUUUUUACCCUAACAUCUUGGAGCGACCGUCUAAACUUAUUGCAAAUACAGAAAUGGUCAAUUUGGUUAGCCGUUGACAUAUCUGGUGAAAUCCAUGUGGCCUUGUGGAUAUUUCUAUGCAUGAAGAGGCUUCCUCCGAUGACUAGUCCAAUUGUAGCACAUAGAUCUGCUAGUCUUUCACCAUUUUCAUUCAUCUCUCCCAUACCAUGUGUUCCCAUGCAUUCUUCAUAGCCUUUAUUGUUGCUGCCUAUUUUCGCAUUUAGGUCGCCCAUGAGUAUAACCAUAUUGCUCUUAGGACACCUUUGGACCAGGGUUCGCAGUCUGUUGUAGAAAUCCUCUUUGUCCUCUUCUUUACUAUCGUUGGUAGGAGCGUACACCUGUAGGAUGUCCAUAUUGAUUUUUCGUUUUUUUGUCUUAAAUCUUGCCGUGAUUAUACGGGAACCAUGCGCUUCCCACCCUAUAAGUGCGUUCUGGGCAGUUCUGGAAAGCAUGAGUGCCACUCCUUGGUUGUGCGCCGCAUUUUCAUCUUCGUGGCCUGAAUAUAGCAGCAGUUCCCCUGUGUUGAGCUUUAUCUGACCUGAGCCUAUCCAUCGAGACUCACUUAUUCCCAAGAUGGCUAGUUUGUAUCUUUGCAUUUCAGCAGCAACUUGGACAGUUUUUCCAGUUUCGAACAUGGUCCUUACGUUCCAUGUUCCUAGACUGGUGGUGGUCCUAGUGGAGAGGAUGGUUGUCCGCCGGUUGGUUUCCAGUUGGCUUUGGCCACCCAGCUUCAUUAAUUCUCUGUUAGGAGACCCAUCCUUUCCAAGGUCCGAGUUUCCUUUUGAAAUCUUUCUUUGUGUUUUUGUAGCAGGGCUUUUUUUACAGGGAAGGGUUGCUAGCCCUUCGCCCAACCCUCCUCCUUUCUCACCCGGGCUUGGGACCGGCUACGGCGGAGUUUUAUAUUGUUAUAUUGAAACAAAUUGUUUGUGUCUAAUUUAUCUAUUUUAAAGCUUUAUCGCACUCCAACACUUUUUAUAAUUAGUUGAUUUAACUAAAACAAGUGUUUUUUAUUUAAUAAUGAGUCUAAUUAAUAUUUUUUACCACAUUUCUAAGGCAUUAAAAACAAGUAUACGACAGGUGUGGCCAGGAUCUUUAGUUGUCCCAGGUGAGUUGAUAUCUGGAAAUGUAUGAAUUAAAUUACUAGAGUUGUCCAAGUUGAGCUGUUACUGUUAUAAAUAACAGUUGAACUGUUGCAGGUUAAAUCAAUCUGUGACUAUAUUAAUUCCAUCAUUCACAAUAUUCAAGAGAAGUAUAUGUAUCUAUUUAUCUGUCUAUCUAUGACCGUCUUUCCAGGAAUAAUGCUGGCCAAUACAGACACACGACACUACCUCAAUUUUACCAGCAAUGUUUACAGAUUUUCUCCCACAUACAUGUUCCCGGGUGAUCAAAACCGUUUCCAUGGCAUCAACGAGCGCAUCUCCAUCAAGAAUUAUGAACAGGUGAUCAACUUUUUCUAUCACUUGAUAAGGAACUCAGACCAAACAGGAGUAACAUCUGUCCACGUCCAUCACCAAGACUUGUAGUAGGCUGGUGAAGCUGAUGUACUUUUGGCAUUGUUUUCAAUUAUCUACUUUUACCUAUAUAUUAAUUAUUUGAUAUAUUCAGUUACUCAUGUCAUCUAGAUUUUAAUUAUAAAACAAUAAACUAAAUUAACUUUAAUUUUCUUUAAUUGUAAAAAUUGAUUAAAAAAUGGAAAUAUUUAUGGUAUUAAGUUUUCAUGAUUAAUUCAAAUUUUGAUUUACAUCCGUUAUGCCAUACCGUAAUAUGGAAUAGACUUUUUUAUAUUUGUAUCUUGCAAAUAUAUAUCAGCCAGUAAUAUCAAUUACAAUAUUUUUCAUGUCUUAAGAUUCUGUCAAAUAAUUGUUUCAUCUUGCGAUAAAGGUACUGGUAAGCAGAAUUUGAUAUUACUGUUUAACAUUUUCAUUUUGGAGCAAUGUUAAUUUCUUAAUGUCUUCUUUCUAUUUCUAUGCACUCAGGAUUUUUUUAAUGUACAUCUUACUCAAAGAGAUAUAAUUAAUAUUCAAUUUUUAUGUGAAUUUCAUGUGAAGAGCAAGAGUUCACUGGGUUUAUAAAGAGUUUAUCUAAUAAGAGUUAGUCAAAAUUAUGUAAGCACUUAAAUGGUAUAAAACAUUUAUUUACAAAACAUAAUUGUGCAAGAUGAUUCACAGGAUUGUCUCCACCUGUUUGCCAUGAUGCUCAACUCUCAAAAACCAGCAAGCAGCAGUAUUAUUUUAAGCCCGCACAAUCCAUGUUCUGUCUUGAGGUCAUUAAUAUUAUUAACCUUCCUGCUUUACAAGCAUUCUUUCAGCAUACCCCAUGACCAGAAUUAAAAGGGAGUCAAAUCCAGGUGUCUGGUUGCCAUGACAAUGGUCCAUCAUGACCUAUCAAUCCAUCUGGGAUUGUGGGGUCCAGAUAAGAACAAACUCUGUUGGAAAUAUUACACCAUGCCAUAUUUAGUUGAAGUGCAUCAAUGGUGUAGUUUUGCACCAUAUGUACGAGAUCACUGUUAAAGGUGUCAAAAUGUGGGGCCCAAUUUUAUCUGUAGCUGUCAUGUGUCACCACACAUACACAUUGAGGAGGUGGGGAUGUCAAGUUUGUGCAAAUAAUCCAUUAGUACAAUGUUCCCACAGGUGAUCCCUGUACCGACACUCAUCUGUGAGCCUUAAGUUGCCGGUCUGCACAACAUGAUUAUUUAUGGUAAAAUAAAAUACAAUUCAUAAAUCAGGCACCAGACUUGGUUUGGUAAGCGCUGCAUUAGUAUUUAUAUACUUCUCACAUUUCUUGUUCAUCUCGCUAUUUUAAUGGUGGCUUCCAUUAAUAGUUUACAGUGUUCUAUCUAUUUUAAAGCAAUUUUUUUUUACCUAGUCACCCCUAUAAAUUAUAAAUGCUUAAGACGUAUGCGACCUUGAAAUAUGCCAAAAGGUAUGAGGACCCCCAUUGGAGUAUUCUAUGCAGUUUUUCACAGUGAAUCUCAUUCAAAUGUUUGUUAGGACUUUUUUAGGCUUCAACAGUCAGAAAAUGUAACAAAAUUCUGCAAGUAAGACAUUUUUUAUUCUAAAUCUAUUUGCAUAUAUGUUGGGAUUUGAGUUUGAUACAUAAAGAUCAUAUUUAUUCCUUCAAUUCCCUACAAGAAUAUCUAUAGUUUUCUUUUUGUUAAGUAAUUAGUUUAUAUUUAUACAUUUUUUUGCAAAGUAAGUGCAGGGCUUUGUGAAAAGGCUCCAUCUUGGCACAGACAUUCCAAAAAAGGUUCAUUCUCAAGAGGGUGAACAUGAGCAGAUGACCAAACGAAAGAACAAUGAAAUAAUCUGACUACUACAUCAUAACCAAAAUAUUCACUUUAUUUUUAUUUUAUGACUAUGGACUUUACCGACAUUUAUCAUUUUCAAAGAAAUAAUAUAUUAGCUUACGAGAUGACACGUUUUAGUGCUGCACAUUCCCCGUAAACUUAAACAUUUUUCAGACAUAAUUAUUUGUACAAACAUUACAUUUAUGCUUUAUUCUUAAAACAGAGACAUGCUUUCUUUUAUAAAAUUAAAAUCUAUAAAUUUAUGACUUUCACUUCAGCUGUUUAAUGGAGGGAUCAGGGCACCAACAAAAAUAUCAUGAAACACAAAAUUGAAAUUGAGUAGUUCAUACCAAAUGGGUGUAGGGAAUUCCUCAAAUACAAAAUCAUUUUUUAAAACUCAUUAUUAUUUAAUUAUUUAAAAUCUGGAUUACUGAACUUAUUGCAGUUGUAUUUCAAGAGUUAUUUUGGUAUUUAUUAUAGUUUCAACUGUUCCUUAAAACAGGUUGUUUUUUUAGAAAAACAAAGGGAAAAUUGGAAUGUAGUUGAAAUAAUCUUUCUAAAACAUAUUUAAUUUUCAUCUCCUGUUUGUUUGUUUUUUUAUCUUAUUAAGAUAGCAGUCC